AUGGGUAAUGGAAAUAAAAAAAUAAUUACGACUUCGUUUUCUGCCGAAGAUAUAAAUAAAAAUUCUACAAAACCAACCACCAGAGAUGCAACAAAAUGGUCAUCAGCUGAAGUACAACAUUGGAUCAAACACCAAUGUAAAAAAUUCGAAUUAAAAAAGAAUACAGCUGAACAGUUCGAAAUGAAUGGUCAAGCUCUUGUGUUGCUUACCAAACAUGAUUUUCUUAGACGCGCACCAAACGGAGGAGAAGUACUUUACUAUGCAUUACAACGACUAAUCAAUCCAAAUAAAGAAAGAAAUUCAGCUGAUGAUGAUGAAAAUACAGCAAAACUCGAAUCAUCUGAUCAACAACCUAGAAUAGUAGAAGUUCACAAUGAUCAUAAUGAAGCUCAUGAUACAACAGAUUCAUCAUCAACAAAGCCAAUUGUCGAAGAACCUGAUGAUCCACCAUUACUUCGAAAAUCACAAUCAGAUACAAAUCAUGAUACUCAUCCACAAGAACGCAAUAAUCGAUUCUUUUUUAGCCAAGCACAUUUUCGUCCAACUGUUUUUGCCAUGCCUGCUGCUGCAGCUGCUGCCUAUUUGCAACAACAACAGCGAUAUCCCAACGGUUAUGUAUAUGCACAGCAUCAUCCACAUUAUUAUAUGCAUCAUCCACAAUUCUUUCAACAAUAUUAUCCAAUGAUGUCUGCUCAAGGAGUUUUAAUCGAAACAAUGGAUGAAAAUGAACCUACUCAUGCCACUGUAAAUGGAUCAAUGAAUGGUGCUCAAGAUCCAUCACUUUUUGCGGUUACAAUUAAUGGUCAACGAUAUAUUAUGAACGAAGGACAAGUUAUACAAUUGGUUGGUGAAGUUUAUCAGCAACACGCUUAUCAAGCAAAUCUACAACAACAACAACAACAAGCACGUUUUCAACAGCAACAACAACAUUUUCAGCAACAACAACAGCAACAACAACAACAACAACGAUUUUAUUCACAGCCAUAUCAUUUUCAGCAACAGAUCGAUACUGUAUCCCGUUCUCAACGUUCACUCUUUGCUGAAUAUGAACGUCAACGUAGUCGUCUUGAUCAACUUGUUCGUUCUUAUGAUAAUCAACAAUCAGCUCGUGAUUCAGAAUUACGUCGUCAAUCGGAACAAAUUAGUAAAGAAACUCGACGACGAAUACAUUAUCGAUCACAUACAGUUAUAACAGAACGUGCUCGUUUACAACAUAUUCUCGAUAAUGAUAUAAAUAAUUUAUUUUCAUCUGAUAGGUCAAAUGAUCUAUUUCAUUUAAAAACUCAUUCUAAUGAUAGAAAACGAAAAGUUUAUGGAUGUUUAUUACCAAAAUUGAAAGCACCAUUAAAAAAAAAUAGUAAUACUUGGACACAUAUGAUAUCAAAUUCAAAUUCAAGACAAUCAAAUUUUGAAAAACAUAUGGAAAAUCACCGAAAUUCAAUUAAUAGAUUUAUUGAAUUACCUAUUGAACAACGAAAUUCAAUUAAUAGUUUUAUUGAAUCACCUAAUGAACAACGAAAUAAAAUGAACCUUAUUAUGGAUAAAUUUUUAUAUGAAUUGCAAGAAGGUAAUGGUGAUGGUUACGAUCAUUUUCUUCAAACAAGUGAACCAAAUCGAAAUGCACAAAUACUUGCACAACAAAAUAUUAAGAAUAAGAAUCGAAAACUAAUUAAUUAA